CAGAGGGGGCGCGGGCGUCUAGGCCCAUCUCCAGCGGCGUCGCGCGUUUGGAUCCGUCGGCGGUGCUGUGGAAGAGUGAGUCAAGGCGGCGGUCGCACCUUCAGGCGCAACGCCCUCGGCGGACCCCCGAGUCUUCCAGUCUACGGCAGUGCGGGCCUCGCGCUCCCCCCGCCUUUAGGCGAGGAAGCUCGGGAGGAGUGGGCAGCUUGGAAGGGCCGUGAGGGUGGUGGAGCCCCGGCCGCCUUGUCCGCGGAGGCGGGAGGCUUUUGGCCGACUCCCGUAGCCUCUCUUUCGGCCUUCCCACCAGCUGGCUCCAGAGGGAUCUUGGGUCUCCUUCGUGAAUAACCAUCCUCGUCGAGGGCCCCCUUUCCCUCCAUUUACGGCCCUGGAAGAUCUAGACUUAGUGACAGUUGUUGAAAGGGCUGUGUCUUGCGUGGGUAGGAAGUUUGCCUUCUCAGAAUUCUGGCUGCCGCUCAGGGCCUGCCCAUCUGUGCGGAGACCAGGAUCCAGCGCUGGCAGCUGCCUCCUUCCGACUGUUGCGUGAAGGCAGAGAGAGUCCUUGUGCAUUGUUCACGCCGCAUCCCGUUGCUUGGCUCAAGCCCACACAGCAACCAUCCCUUAAGUGUUCGUGGGUAACUCACAGCUGCCACUCACACUGAGAAAUGACCCAGGCCUUGGGGGCAGAUGCUCAAGUGCUGUGGCAGCUUUGAUUCUGCUCAGUAUGCCUGCUGGAGAAUAUCUGGAGGUAGAGGUCUCCCAGCCAGGACACAUCGAUACUCACUCACGGAGCCUCAUGGAGGCUGUGACAUUUGGUGACGUGGCUGUGCACUUCUCAAGGGAGGAGUGGCAGUGUCUGGAUCCUGGCCAGAGGGCCCUCUACAAGGAGGUGAUGCUGGAGAACCACAGCAGUGUGGCUGGAUUAGCAGGAUUUCUGCUCUUCAAGCCUGAGCUGAUCUCCCGGCUGGAGCAGGGGGAGGAGCCAUGGGUCCUUGACCUGCAGGGAACUGAGGGGAGAGAGCUGCCAAGGACCCCUCAGACAGAUUCUGCAAUUAGCACUGAUGGUGGGCAGGCCCAUGAGGAUGUAUACAUACUGAAAUCAGAGUCCCUGGCAGCAAUGGUCAAAACCCCACCACGUGAUUCUCCUCAGAGUCCCUGCUUCGGAGAUACUUCUGUUUCUGAGGUCUGGCUGGAGAGUAAACCGAGCUCUCUCUUCCAGAAACACCACUUGCACACAGGAACUGUGGCUGCCAGGAAGAUCUCUACCCAGGAGGAUGUGCAGGGCUGUGGCGGCAUGGGUUGUCAGCCUGAUAAAAGUCAGGGGGUUGCUGCAGAUGGGAUAUCCCUAAGAUGUGAUGUGUGUGGCAGGGGUUUCAUAUUCACAACUCUGCUUCACGAAGUUAACAUACAGAAGAAACUGAACAGAUGUCAAGAAUGCCAAGAAACGUUAUCUGAUUGUCCACAGGGGAAACAUCAAAGUAACUGCCGUGGGGAGAAGCCAUAUGAGUGUGAUGAAUGUGGGAAAGUCUUCAGGUUGUGUUCACAGCUUAAUCAGCAUCAGAGAAUCCACACAGGAGAGAAACCAUUCAAAUGCAUUGAGUGUGGAAAGGCCUUUCGCCUGAGCUCAAAACUUAUUCAGCAUCAAAGAAUUCAUACUGGAGAGAAGCCCUACAGGUGUGAGGAGUGUGGGAAAGCCUUUGGUCAGAGCUCCAGCCUCAUCCACCAUCAGAGGGUGCACACGGGAGAGAGGCCCUAUGGAUGUCGUGAGUGUGGGAAGGCCUUCAGCCAGCAGUCUCAGCUGGUCAGACACCAGCGGACUCACACUGGAGAGAGGCCCUACCUGUGCCAGGAGUGUGGGAAGGCCUUCAGCCAGAGCUCAACCCUGGCCCAGCACCAGCGGAUGCACGCUGGGGAGAAGCCUUCAGUUCCAAGAACACUGGAUGGUGCCGGCCUCGUUGCUCACCAGAGAACCCAUGCUGCAGAGAAACCGUUCAAGUGUGAUGAGUGUGGGAAGGCUUUUAGGUGGGUCUCUCGCCUUAGUCAGCAUCAGCUAACUCACACCGGAGAGAAACCAUAUAAAUGCAACAAGUGUGCAAAAGCCUUUGGUUGUAGCUCACGGCUUAUUCGCCACCAAAGAACUCACACUGGAGAGAAACCAUUCAAAUGUGAUGAGUGUGGGAAGGGCUUUGUUCAGGGCUCACACCUGAUUCAGCACCAGAGAAUUCACACAGGAGAGAAGCCCUAUGAGUGUAGUGACUGUGGGAAAGCCUUCAGCCAGAGCUCAAGCCUCAUUUACCAUCAGAGGAUCCACAAAGGGGAGAAGCCCUACGAGUGCCUGGAGUGCGGAAAAGCCUUCAGUAUGAGCACACAGCUGACAAUCCAUCAGAGGGUUCACACCGGGGAGAGGCCCUAUAAAUGUGGUGAGUGCGGGAAAGCCUUCAGUCAGAACUCCACCCUUUUCCAACACCAGAUAAUUCAUGCUGGAGUGAAGCCCUAUGGAUGCAGUGAGUGUGGGAAAGCCUUCAGUCGGAGCUCAUACCUCAUCGAGCACCAGAGGAUUCACACACGAGCCCAGUGGUACCAUGAAUACGGGGGCACCCUGGAGGGUCCUACCCAUGUGAGCCGUAAAAAAGUUAACACUGUAAAGAAACUACACAAAUGUAAUGAAUGUGAGAAAAUAUUCAGAUGGCGCUCGCAUCUAAUUAUACAUCAGAGGAUUCACACUGGAGAGAAACCUUAUAAAUGUACCAAAUGUGGCAAAGCCUUUAAUCGGAGCUCUAGGCUCACUCAGCAUCAGAAGACUCACAUAGAAUAGACCACACACCUCUGUAAAUGCACUUGCAUGUAAGGGAGAAUAAACCCACAGCCUUAACAUACUUA